AUGGAAUUUAAUGAAGAUAAAAGUAGUACUGGGAAAAGGAUGCAGAAUACAAGUAAAAUUCCUGCUGUCAAAUUCUCGAAAACAAGAGGACAAUCAAUAUCUCCAGCGUUAUCUCGUCACAGCGAUGAUAGCGACAGUAGAUUUGUUGUAUCGUUCGAUGAAUCAAUUUGCGUAAAUCAGUUCGAUGAGGUAGAAAAAGUUAACAACAAAGGUCAAAUCUUCGAACAACCACAGCACUCAAGAUCAAAAUCACAGCAGUUCCUAUCGGUUUUAUCGCGAGAAGCAAGUGAUUGUGAUAGUGAUUCGAUUGCGUCAUGCAGUUCCGAAAGUAUAAUUGAAAAAACUCCGAAAAAAAAGUUGCGGUCAUCUUCCUCUUCUAUCCAUCAACAUGAAUUACUUAGUGCAGGAAUCAGUGAUCGAGGUUCAAUUAGUUCCAUUGAUUCAUCAUUUCGGGCUGACAGUGUGUCUCGUCUAAGUGCUAUUUUUGAUAAGGCUAAAAAUAGAGGACGUCAGCUGGUGCAUUCACACUCACAUAAGAACAAAAAAGUUACAAAGAAUACCGAUUCGAUUGAAGAAAUUCAUCAUGAGGUCACUGUUAGCCAAGAUGCACUUUGUGCUGGAGCUGAAGCUGAAAUUCAAACUAGGACCUGUACAGAAGCAGAAUCACCUCCUUCAAAUAUGAAUCCACUCACUCAGUCAUCAUCGUUUUUCGACUGGUUUCAUGCGUUUAAAGUCGCUGGUGGCGAAAGGAAUAAAGUUGUGAAAUCUGAGCAACCGUGGAUGUUUCAGGUUUUGAUCAAGAGGCAUCAAAUUUUGCCUUUUUUGCGACAUCGCGUCCUUUCUUCGUUUCUACUUCUUGCACUCUCGAUUCUUUCUCCUGGUUUUAUAAGUGGUUUUCUUUGGGGUUUGUACAUGUCCUUUCUGUGCUUUCUAUAUUUUUUUGUAUCUGGACCAGUGAAUGAGAAUCAUCCUGUACAUAGCGAUGUUGUUUUGAAUAUAUUGGACGAGUUUAAGGAACAGAAAACAUCAAGAAACAAAGUUUAUAAGGGCUGGAUGAAUGAACUUCGUGGAAAGUACGAUUCUUCGACUUAUCAUGUAAAUAAUGCUCAGACGGUGCUUGUACGUCUUGAUGGUAAUUUACUGCGCAUUUCACGGCCAGAACGAGCUGUGCUCAAGCAUGCUUUUCACACUGAUCCAACAUUAACAGAGGCAGAACCAACAAUUUCGAGUCAAAGUAUAUACAAUUUAACAGGAGCCAUGGUCACGUUGCGACCUAAACGUUUGGCAAAAAGACGGUGGUGGAGUCGUAAGUAUCCUAUACAUAUUCGCUUAGCUUCUAGAGAUAGCGAAAUAUCGACGUUUCCAUUACUUCGAAGGUCACUUUCUGUGAAUGAAACAAUCGAAUUAGUGAAAUCUGCAUCAUCCAGCGGCGAAGAAUGUGAUAACAAUGAAUGGAAGCUGUUUGAAAAGAGAAGAAAGAAAAUAAGAUCACCAGAAUCAAUAAAAACAAUGUAUAAGAAUGAUAUGAAACAUCCUUCACAGGAAAACUUAGAUGAAAAUUCGCAAUAUAUGCCUUGUUCAGAAAGUGGCGAAGAAAAUCCAGAAAAUAUUAGUUCAUGUUCUGUUGCUUUUGGGAAUAAUCGCAGCAAAGGUUUAAGUAGAAGUCGAAGUCUGUACUUCUUUGUUCGUAGUGCUAGGGAAAAAGAACGCUGGUUUCACCGAUUACGAGAAGCGUGCAGUCAGUGCAGUACGGGAACUGCAGAUGCAGAAGCAACGCUUCUAAGAAGUGACGUGAAGGAAGUUUUACCAGAUCGUCGGUUUUCACUUCCGCUAUCAGCUGUGAAUCCAGAUUCGUUGAAAUUGAGUUUGGAGUAUUUUCUUUACAUCAGCAAUCGUGUGCAGUUCAAUAAAUGUAUUGAUGAAGUUCUUAAAACUUUACACGGGGAAAAUAAGAAGCAAACCGAUGGCAAUGUUGUAUAUAUGGAUUUGGGACGCAACAAAUGGUAUCCUGGAAAAGCUGAUACUAGCCCACAGCUUGUUAUGUCUGUAAAUGCUUUAGCUGCUAGAAUAUUUUAUGAUUUUUGUCGAGAUACAUAUUGGUGCAAGCAGGUGCAAAACAAAAUUCAAUCUAAAUUAGCUACUCUUAAUUUGCCAUACUUUAUCGAAACUCUGGAACUUUCAAAUUUGGAUUUAGGCACUACACCACCUGAAAUUGUCGCUGUCCACUCACCUGUUCUAGAUGAUUGGGGGCUUUGGAUCGAUUUUGAGUUGAAGUAUCGCGGUAAAAUACAUUUGACAUUGGAAACAAAAGUUAAUUUAAUGAAAUUGAAAGAGGGCAUGCACAAGAAUGGAGUGUGCAGAGAGGUUAGCAAAAAAAAGACCCCGAUACGGAUUCAUCACUAUUCUGACUCUGAUUUGCCAGAAUCACCCGAAAAUAGUCCAGAUGAAGAUUUUGGCUCAAAAAUGGAGAAGACUCAGGUUGUCAAGGAAAGUACGGGCAAAAAAUUACUGAACGUGGUCGAUAAAAUAGCUAGCAGUAAUAUAUUCCAAGGUGCUUCCGAAUUCCGACCUAUGAUGGAGGGUAUAUCAUCGACACGUUUAUUACUAAAUGUUGAUGUAAUACGCUUAGAAGGCACUAUGACAAUUAAUAUUCCACCACCUCCUUCUGAUAGACUCUGGUAUGCAUUCCGUACUCCGCCGGAACUUUCUAUCAGAAGUGUUCCACAAGUGGGCGAUAGAUUGGUGGAUAUGAGUACUGUCUCAAGUUGGAUUGAAAAUAAGCUUCGUUUAUUGUUAGAGAAAAAUUUGGUCUGUCCAAAUAUGGACGAUCUGAUCGUUCCUGUAAUGAGUGGUAAUGAACUUUUAAAUGGUGGUUAUAAUUGUUGA